CUCUGCCAUGUCGUGCCCGGGCAUCUCGUCGAUGGGGCCCAGCAGCAGCGGUGGCGGAGGCUUCGGCGGGGCGCCGCCGCGAGCCCCGCUCCUUAUCCGUAGUGGGACCGCGUAGCGCGUUCGGACAUGAAUAGCGCUGCCGUGAUCGGCCGGCAACUGCGGCAACACCAGACGACAGCAGGCCGAACCUCAGGACCGCUGGUGCCGCCGUCCCCGCACAAGGGGCGGCCGCGAACGCCGUCCCAUCAGCCCCACCAACUGCCAUCCCCGCCGCCGUCAGCUUCGGCGACCUUUCAUCAGCAGCAGCUACAGCCGCCGCCGCCCCACCAGCAGCAAAAGGACCCAAACAAGCAGCAGCAGAAGAAAAAAGGUUUGGAUAAGAUGAAGAGUUGCAUCUCGUUCCGGUGCAUCUGGCUGUGUUUCAAGGCAUUAAGUGGUGGCGUCCUCCUGAUUGCCAUCGGCGUCGGCAUGACCGUCUUCGGCUUUUACGCCGAUCAUUUCGCCGUCCAAGAGCACCUCGAUGAGGACACUAACAAGACUGUGAGCGUGGUCAACGAGCACCUCAAGCUGCACAUCCACAAUCUCACGUAUGUGGGGCCUGUGUUCAUGGGCCUCGGGGGCAUGCUCAUCGUGGCCGCCUGCGUUCUCACUUUCGAUGGAAAUGAGGACGAUCCAAAGGGCCCCAGGAACAGGAGGCCUUCCGACGCCGAAGGCACAGAGCAUCUGAUCACCGAUGCUACUAAGGCGGAACGGUGCAACGGGCCAGUAAGCCCUUUCCUAAAUCUGGACGCUCCUCCCGCCAGUAUUCCGGAUAAAGGCGGGGGUGGUCAGGAAGUGGUGACAGUCGCUGAGGUUGUUCGAAAUCCAAUCAUUCCGAACGGUCCGAGCAGGUCCAGACCACAACUGCCUCUACCGGUCUCACGAAACGACGCUGUCUCGCCUGCCGAGGCACAGCCCCUGUCUUCGUCCAGUCUCAACUCGCCGCCACCUCGAGUGGCCAUACGCCAGAAGAGGAAGAACAGCCGCCAUUUCUUGAGUCCCCUCUUCGACGAGUUUGUGCCCUCCCCGCAGGACAUUCAGAUUCUGGACCCGGAUGGCUGCACCCCGGACGCCGCUUGCGCCCUCGAGAUGGACGUUUUCAACCGAACCACUAAGUGCCCACCGCGACUCCAGCUGGAACCCCGGUACCUGGCGUCCAUUGAGAGUGACGGACUCUCGGACAGUGACACGGCGGAGUCCGAAUUCACCCUCAGCAGCAGCGUCCGGGGGGGCCUCAAGGGCCGGUUCUGCUCACCCUGCGAAAUCGAAGAGCAGGAUAUCCCUUUGCUGAGCAGGUGUAGUCCCCCUUCCUCGCCAGAGUAUCCUAUGGAACCUUUGCUCAAACGGGACCGGUCCGGACUGCGCAGGUUCCAACUGAUGCGACAGGCUCCCAAUUCACGGACGCUCUUCGACGGACCCUCGUCCGAAGGGGGUUCCAGGUAGGAAAGGGAGAAAGCUGGUUCAUCCCCCCUCACUAGAGUCACGCCUUUUGGAUACAUACGCCGUGUUUUCCACUUUUUUACUCAAGUUGAGGUUCUACGCCAUAAGGGAAAAUCAAAGGAACUUCUUCGGUCAAGGAAGAAACGUCCUGUCCGCGUUUCCUGGCUGUGCAUUGUAGAAUAUGUUCAUCUCAUCAAGAGGAAGGUUGCGACAGUCCGGAUAAAGUAAAACAAAAAAUAUGAGGAGAUCUCCGUCUCUGUCCCAUUAGUUUUAUAAAUACAAACCUCGACAGACCCUGUAAGAAAAGUAGUUUUUUAAAGAAAGACUCCCCAUUCUCUCACAGUGUACAGAAAUUUGUGCAGUUUUCCUUAAAAUGCAUUUUUUAAUAUACAUAAUAUAUAUAUAUAUAUAUAUAAAGUAAAAACAUUUAGAAAGAAAACUGAUGCCUUAAUCUUGUGUGUCACUUUCGUUGGUCAAAUGUGAAAUGCUCUAAGCAAUGAUAUCAUAUCCACCAAAAGCACGCAAAUUUCAGAAAAUUAGCUUAGAUCACUGCAAUUAUUCUACAUGAUGGUAAGGCGUGUGCAGAAAUUCUUUCAGUGCCUAUUUGCUCCUCUAUUGAGAAACAUAGUUUUUAAUUUUAUAAACAUCUGUCUGAAUUAUUCUUAUUUUAGACUGUUCUUUCGAAAUAUCUAAGUUAAUGAGUGUAAGUUAAUAUUUUAAUUUUAUUCUAAGCAUAUGUAUUUUUCAGUUCUUUCUGUCAAUAUUGUUUAUUACUUUGCUAUCGUUUUUAAUUCUUUCGGAAUUCUGUGGCAGCAAUUUCUUUAUCUCUAGUUCUGAUAGAUGAUGAUUUUUAAUUCUUAUGGAAUAAAAUA